CUGUUACAAAACAAGAUCAUUUCGUCCUUUUUCCAAAUACUGGGAUUUCAAAUUUUAAAAGGCGGAGUCCAAUCUCCGAAGCUUUUCGCCAUGACUGUUUCAGACACCUCAUUCGAUAGGCUUAGCUUUUAUCUGUUGGUUCUUUUGGGUAAAUACAUAACUUCAAAAACUUUAAGUAAACCAAACAUUUUUGAAAGGUUUGAAAACAAAAUAAUUGAUAGUGUAAAGCAGGCCUGCACAACUCAAACUGUUAGGCGGGCCGUAAUACUUGAUCAAACAAAAAUGUGUGCGGGCUGAAAGAAAAUGGGACAAGGGGGAAAGCUAUUAAGAAAAUAAUAAUAAUAAAGAAGAUUUCAUUACUUCGCGGCCGCUAAGUGGGUGCUGGCGGGCCGUAUGGUGUGCAGACCUGACUUUAACGCUGUCUUUGUCAGAGUAUAUUACCUACAAAUUGAUAGCCACAGUGGUCAACAGUGUCCUUAUCAUUUUUCGAAAAUACAAUAGCAUAGCUUGGAAGUUCGAUACCUCUUCCUAAAGAUGGUGGGAUAAAAUGUCAUGGGUGCCACAAAAAUUAAGGGGUGCUACAGUAAGUAAGGGGUUCCACAAUAAGUAAGGGGUGUUACAGUAAGUAAGGGGUUCCACAGUAAGUAAGGGGUGUAACAGUAAGUAAGGGGUUCCACAGUAAGUAAGGGGUGCCAGUUUCAAGUUGCACUAUAACAGAAGAGAAUUUCUUGAAUCUAGUUGUGAACCCAAAUUUGAAGCGGCAACACCACGGAGCAAGAAUCACGUUCAGCCGCUUGCCUUGUUAGAUAGAAUGAUGUUAUUGCAUUUCUUUCCAGUUCUUGGGGCUCUACGCGUGAGUGAUGGAGAAUCUGCUGCUGUGGAGCCGUGGCACUGUUUGGAGACCAUCAACAAGUGUUUGCGGGAGAGGUAAGACAAGCGUGGCCAUGUCAUUAACACUACAUUGGGUACAGAAGCAGGUAAUGCAGUGGGUACAGUUGUGGGUACAGUGGUGGGUACAAUGGCAGGUCCACUUGUGGGUACAUUGGUGGGUACAGCUGUUGGAACAGUGGAUGGUAAAGUGGUGGGUACAGAGGUGGGUACAGUUAUAGGUUUAGUGGAAGGUACAGUGAUGGGUACAGAGGUGGGUACAGUGAUGGGUACAGAGGUGGGUACAUUUAUGUGUACAGUGAUCGUUCCCUGUGGUGGGUACAGUGGUGGGAACAGUGAUAGGUUUAGUGGUUGGUACAGUGGUGGUUGCACUGAGCCUGGGUUUAACCACCAUACUUACUUGUAUCCGAUGCAGACUUUAUCAUAAAAACAGUGUCUAUUUCAGUGGCUAUAAAGAGCAAAUCGACUGUCUGCGUAGGUUUACUUGUCCUGAUGAUGUGGACGAGUCAAUGAGACAAAAAUACAUCAAUGAAACGAUCAAAGAGAAAUCAGAAAUAGGUAAAGAAUGAUGAUGUUAUCAUGCUGUUAAGAAAACAUGACAUCUACAAACUACUAUUUAUAAAGAAAAUGACUAGUGUGUCACUAGGCCUGUGAUAGCAUCAAUGGCAUCUGUCAAUGAAUGGUGUGUCACUAGCCCUGUGAUAGCAUCAAUGGCAUCUGUCAAUGAAUGGUGUGUCACUAGCCCUGUGAUAGCAUCAAUGGCAUCUGUCAAUGAAUGGUGUGUCACUAGCCCUGUGAUAGCAUCAAUGGCAUCUGUCAAUGAAUGGUGUGUCACUAGGCCUGUGAUAGCAUCAAUGGCAUCUGUCAAUGAAUGGUGUUUCACUCGGCCUGUGAUAGCAUUAAUGACAGCUGUCCAUGAAUGGUGUGUCACUAGGCCUGUGAUAGCAUCAAUGGCAUCUGUCAAUGAAUAGUGUGUCACUCGGCCUGUGAUAGCAUUAAUGGCAUCUGUCAAUGAGUGGAGUGUCACUAGGCCUGCGAUAAGAUCAAUGGCAUCUGUCAAUAAAUGGUGUGUCACUAGGCCUUUGAUAGCAUCAAUAACAUGUGUCAUUGAAUGGUGUGUCACUACGCCUGUGAUAGCAUCAAUGGCAUCUGUCAAUGAAUGGUGUGUCACUAGGCGUGUGAUAGCAUCAAUGACAUCUGUCAUUGAAUGGUGUGUCGCUAGGCCUGUGAUAGCAUCAAUGGCAUCUGUCAAUGAAUGGUGUGUCAUUAGGCCUGUGAUAGCAUCAAUGACAUCUGUCAUUGAAUUGUCUUUCACUAGGCGUGUGAUAGCAUCAAUGACAUCUGUCAAUGAGUGGUGUGUCACUAGGACUGUGAUAGCAUCAAUGACAUAUGUCAAUCAAUGUUUUGUCACUAGGCCUGUGAUAGCAUCAAUGGCAUCUGUCAAUGAAUGUUGUUUCACUAGGCCUGUGAUAGCAUCAAAGGCAUCUGUCAAUGAGUGGUGUGUCACUUGGCCUGUGAUAGCAUCAAUGGAAUCUGUUAAUGAAUGGUGUAUUACUAGACCUGUGAUAGCAUCAAUUGCAUCUUUCAAUGAAUGUUGUGCUACUAGGCCUGUGAUAGCAUCAAUGGCAUCUGUCAAUGAAUCGUGUUUCACUAGGCCUAUGAUAGCAUCAAUGGCAGCUGUCAAUGAAUGGUGUGUCACUAGGCCUGUGAUAGCAUCAAUGGUAUCUGUCAAUGAAUAGUGUGUCACUAGGCCUGUGAUAGUAUCAAUGGCAGCUGUCAAUGAAUGGUGUGUCACUAGGCCUAUGAUAGCAUCAAUGGCAGCUGUCAAUGAAUGGUGUGUCACUACGCCUGUGAUAGCAUCAAUGGCAUCUGUCAAUGAAUGGUGUAUCACUAGGCCUGUGAUAGCAUCAAUGGCAUCUGUCAAUGAAUGGUGUGUCACUACGCCUGUGAUAGCAUCAAUGGCAUCUGUGUGAAGCCACCGAUAUGUAUAAUUAAACAUAUUUGUAAAUAGCCGAUGAUAUGAAGGGGAUUUGAACAAGGAUGUUAAAGUUAAAUUGUUUGUGAAAUCGUUUUAAUAUUAUAAUAAUAACUAUGUUCGCUAUGCAACACUGUCAGAGAUCUGUCCAAGACAUGUUCAAUGACGUCUCUGUGGCACUGUCAAGGAUCUCUCCAAUUCCAUGUCCUUGACAUCUUUUUGUCACUGCUAGUGACCAACAGGUGAUAAGAAAUGACAGGCACACACAAAACAGCAGGUUCAUACACAAAGAUAAGUGCACGCCAAAGGAGAAGUCCCUCACACAGAUUAGUGCGCACAUAAAGACAGGUGCACACACAAGAUAGAUGCACACAGCAGAUAGAUGCACACACAAAGACAGGUGCACUAACAAGAUAGAUGCACAUACAAAGACAGGUGCAGAAACAAUGACAGAUGCAAACACAAAGACAGGUGCAUACACAAUGUAAGGUAGUAUAUAUGGGCUAAUACAUGUUUAGUCACUGUGAACAGUGUAACUACUUUAGAAAGAGUUUAUAUUUGUAGGAGAGAGGGUUAUCUUGAAGCCAAUGCACUGAAUCCGUCACAGGUUAUUUAGGUAUUGAAGUAUCAACUUACAGGGUAUUUGGAUAUUGCAGUAUCAACUUAUAGGGUAUUUAGAUAUUGCAGUAUCAACUUACAUGGUAUUUAGGUAUUGCAGCAUCAAAUUACAGGGUAUUUAGAUAUUGCAGUAUCAACUGACAUGGUAUUAAGGUAUUGCAGUAUCAACUUACAGGUUAUUUAGGUAUUGCAGCAUCAAACUUACAAGAUUUUUAGGUACUGCAUUAUCAAACUUACCUGGUAUUUAGGUAUAACAGCAUCAAACCUACAUGGUAUAUGUGUAUUGCAAUAUCAUCUUGUAUUUUGGCCAUCUCCAGAGUGGAGGCGUAAUAUUGAUGCUGGUGACGUAGCACAUGCGUAUAUGAAGGCAGAUGGCGCCACUAGCAACGCUCCCGGCUUGGCACCCUCGAUUGUGAUCAGUGGAUGGGGCCUUAGACAGAUGCUGAUACAUAGUCUUCUGUUUAUAUGAACUUAUUGCUUGGUGCUUUGUUUCUAGGAUAUAAUGGAAUGGUAAUCUGUUUCUAUGCUGUUAUUGAAUGGUGCCGCGUUUCUAGGAUGUUAAAUAAUGAUGCUCUAAGUUUCUAUGAUGUUAUAGAAUGGUGCCAUGCUUCUAGGAUGUUAAAUAAUGACGCUAUAUUUUUCUAUGAUGUAAUUGUAUCGUUAUGUUUUGAGUAUGUUAUUGAAGUGUUCUCUGUUUCUCAUCUGCUUUUUAACUCAACAAGACAUCCAUAACAAUCGAUUAAUUAAGUCGUUCUUCUGUUCCACUUAUAAUUUACCCAUGCCAUUCAUGCACUUUCUCUCUGUCAUCAACUCAAUUAUUCCUGAUAAGAGUAAAAAAAACUUAGUUCAAUAAACAAAUGUAAAUAUUUGAUCCCAUUUUAAAAGUAC